AUGGGUUUCUUGUCAUAUUUCAAGCCGGAGAAGAAGGUGGUUCCUCGCUCCGAACUCAACAACGAAAAGGUUCCUGUAGCACUUAAUCCCGUUACAGCCCUCGACGCAGCACAGAACUUCGCCGGCGCCCUUCCUGGCAGACUUCGUGGAACAGACUCCGAAGUGACCUCGAUACGAUCAACACGAGCAGCACAAGAAGAUAAACUCGUCGACGAAAUCAAACAUCAAGUUGUCCUCAAUCACUUAUUCCAGCAUCAAUGCAGUUCCCUUUGGAUCCGCGACAUCAAUCAACAGAUAGAAGGUGCCUUGGUACGGAAAAGGCGAAAUGAAUACCUAUUCAAACCACCCGGAUUAGCAACCUCAAAAUUCUCGCAAGCGAUGAUGUCGUUGAACGUUCAAGCAGCCAUGACGGUAUCUUCUGGAGUCAUCGAACCAUUCCUCGAAUGGAACGCCGAUGCAGUCGACGUGCCUCUUCUCAACGGCCUCCGUAUCCAGAUUCUCCCCACGUUCGAUGAUCUGUAUAACGCCAAGCGACAUCAAUAUGCGGCCUUCAUCGCCUCAGAAGCUCUCCUUAUUGUGUGGGACGAUGAGCCAACGCACCUCCUGCAACGUGCGAAGAACAUCGAGGCGGAACUCCUCAAGUUCGUGUGGAAGACGGCCAACGCGGCAGCGACAGAGCAGGAGAAUUCCGACUCUGACUAUGAAUUUGAUGAAGAGACUGGUUUGAUGGCAGAGAAGGAGCGCCCCAUCAUGCUUUAUAAUUGCUUUUUGGUUGCAUGCAGUCUUUGUCUUUUGACACUCCUUAUUGGUCUCGGCUACGUCAAGAUCGCAGACGAAGUUUAUGAGUUGCACAAGUGGACUUCUUUAACAUUUCUCAUUAUGACUCCUGUGAACGGUUUUCUGACUUUGUUCUUCUCUUCCGUUGUCGUCAGCGCCGUCGCCCAAAUCAUCGGCCCCAUCCAGCACCUAACCAAGAACUCAAAAUACUUCUCAGCCGUCCCAGCACCUCGCCUCCGCUCCAGAGAGCUCCCACAUAUUACAAUCCAGUGUCCCGUCUACAAAGAAGGUCUCGAGAACGUCAUCCAACCCACCGUCCGCUCCAUCAAGAAAGCCAUCUCAACCUACGAGCUCCAAGGCGGCUCCGCAAACAUCUUCAUCAACGACGACGGUCUCCAAUUGAUCUCUGCCGAAGACCGCCAAGCGCGCAUUGAGUUCUACGCCGACAAUCAGAUCGGAUGGACGGCUCGCCCGGGCCACAACAGCAAUGGUUUCCUCCGAAAGGGAAAGUUCAAGAAAGCCUCCAACAUGAACUACGGUCUCGCCAUCUCCAACGCCGUCGAAGAAGCUCUCCAAGAAAUUGACCGUCCUGCCGACUGGACGACGUUCGACGAGAGCGUGGCUUAUGAACGCUGCUUGAAAGACGUCCUUGCCAAAGAAGGCCGCGCGUGGGCUGAUGGCAAUAUCCGCAUCGGUGACUACAUCCUGAUCAUCGACUCCGACACUCAGGUUCCGGAAGAUUGUCUCCUCGACGCUGCGUCGGAGAUGGAGCAGUCUCCGCGCGUGGCCAUCAUUCAGUUCAGCAGUGGUGUCAUGCAAGUAGCGCACAACUUCUUCGAGGACGGCAUUACCUUCUUCACAAACCUGAUCUAUACCGCCAUCCGUUUCGGAGUAGCGUCUGGGGACGUCGCUCCUUUUGUCGGCCACAAUGCGAUCUUGCGAUGGAGCGCUAUCCAAGAAGUAGCGUUCAAGGACGAAGAAGGUGUUGAGAAAUUCUGGAGCGAGGCUCACGUCUCGGAGGAUUUCGAUAUGGCGCUUCGGCUGCAGGUCUACGGAUAUGUUGUCCGCAUGGCUGCUUGGGCUGGAGAUGGAUUCAAAGAAGGCGUCUCGCUCACGGUCUACGACGAGCUUACUCGUUGGGAAAAGUACGCUUAUGGUUGCAACGAGUUGGUCUUCCACCCUAUCAAGUACUGGUUGACCAGAGGACCUAUCACUCCUCUCUUCAAGCGCUUCUUGUGGUCCGGAAUGCCCAUUGGAAGUAAGAUCAACAUUAUCUCGUAUAUUGGUACUUAUUAUGCCAUUGGCGCAGCCUGGAUCAUGACUCUGUCGAACUAUAUCGCCGUCGGUCUUUUCAAUGGUUUCCUUGACAAGUGGUAUGUAGAAAGUUGGCAGAUUUGGAUCAGUAUCAUCAUGGUCUUCACCGUCGCUGGAAACGUCGCCUUGGCAGUCCAAAGACACCGAACCAGCGAGAAAAACUUCGUCCUCUCACUAAUCGAAAACUUCAAAUGGUGUCUCAUGUUCGUCCUCUUCUUCGGCGGCAUGUCCCUCCACAUCUCCCAAGCCCUCCUCUGCCACAUGUUCAGCAUCGACAUGUCGUGGGGCGCCACCUCGAAAGAAGUCGAGUUCUCCAACUUCUUCAUCGAGAUCCCGAAGGUGGCCCGGACGUUCAAGUACAGCAUCGCCAUGUCCCUCGGCACCAUCGCUGUUAUGGUCAUCAUGGCAGAAGCAGAAUUCAUUCCUUGGAGCUGGAACAUUGAUCAGUUCGUGGCUAUCUUCCCUCUUGCGAUGCUGUGUGCUUGUCAUCUGUUAUUACCGGUCGCGCUGAAUCCGGGCUUGAUGACAUUCUCGUGGUAG